AUUUCAGGUGAUCACCUGAAUUGCUUAAAUCUGAUCUGCGACCCGACUGUCCCCACCUUCUGCAUUCCAAUAGUGGUCCCUGCAAAUGAUCAACAAACGGUGCUGAUUAAAGUAGAAGUUUCUGAAGAAUGGAUACCUGGUGUGGACCAGCCAGACCCAGAACCCCUCAACUUAGAGAAAGAGGAGGGACCUUGGACCAGUCUAGAGGGAGACAACUUGGUGUGAUGAUGGAGGUUGAUGUCACCAGGUUUUCAGUCACUGCAGCUCCUUAUAAAAGUGAAGAUGAUAGAGAGAAGCCUCUGUUCUCACAGCUACAUCAGCACCAGGUGGAGGACAGAGAUCUUCCAACAUGCAGCUCAGCUGGUCAGAUGGAAACAGCAACUGAUGAAGAGGACUGUGGAGGACCUGAAACUACCAGUAACCCAGAUGGAAAUAUUUACAAAAACAGUUCCAGCUCUUCAGAGACUGAACUCAGUGAGGAUGAUAAAGAUGAAGAGGAUGUGAGCAGUCCUGACUCUCAGCUGAAGAACUUUUCAGUCUUUGGGCAAAAAACUAAACAAAGGAACAAAGAAUGGAAGAACAGAAAGACUCCUGCGUCAGGAGUGAACACUGUCAAAAAAUCUGUGAAAUGCUCUGAGCGUGGUAAACAGUAUGUCAACAACAGGUUUCUUAAGAGACACAUGUCCUGUCGUUUAGGAGACCCGACAGAACCAAAAUUAGUAAAGUGUAAAGACUGUGAUAAAAAAUUUACAAGAAAAAAUGCUCUAAUAGCUCACAUGAGAGUGCACACAGGAGACAAAGCAUUUCCUUGUGAUGUUUGUGGACAAAGAUUUAGUCAAAAGUCAUAUUUAGACAGACACAUGAGAGUCCACACAGGAGACAAACCAUAUCCUUGUGAUAUUUGUGGACAAAGAUUUAGCCGAAAGUCAACUGUAAACACACACAUGAGAAUCCACACAGGAGACAAACCAUUUCCUUGUGAUCUUUGUGGACACAGAUUUAGAGAGAAGUCAUCUUUAAACUCACACAUGAGAGUCCACACAGGAGACAAACCAUUUCCUUGUUAUGUUUGUGGACAAAGAUUUAGCCAUAAUUCAUCUUUAAACACACACAUGAGAGUCCACACAGGAGACAAACCAUUUCCUUGUGAUGUUUGUGGACAAAGAUUUAGCCAUAAUUCAUCUUUAAACACACACAUGAGAGUCCACACAGGAGACAAACCAUUUCCUUGUGAUGUUUGUAGACAAAGAUUUAGGCAAAUGUCACAUUUAAACUCACACAUGAGAGUCCACACAGGAGACAAACCAUUUCCUUGUGAUGUUUGUGGACAAAGAUUUAGCAAAAAGUCAUCUUUAAUCUCACACAUGAGAGUCCACACAGGAGACAAACCAUUUCCUUGUGAUCUUUGUGGACACAGAUUUAGAGAUAAAUCAUCUUUCAACUCACACAUGAGAGUCCACACAGGAGACAAACCAUUUCCUUGUGAUGUUUGUGGACAAAGAUAUAGCCAUAAAACAAGUUUAAACACUCACAUGAGAAUCCACACAGCAGAGACAUCAGUUUCACUGUAAAUAUUAAAACGGCUCCUACAUGAGGUCCCACAGGAGGUAUAUGGAGGACCGAUGCCAACAUAAACAGCAAAAACAGCAGAAUGUUUAUCUUAAUUAUUAAUUUUCAUUUCUUUUGAUUUGUGUUUUUUUACUGGCUCAGGCCACAUUCCUGAUCUCCUGUUGUUCUGUUAUAGAUGAGCAGUGGAGACAAAGUGUUUAUUUGUUUCCUUUAAGGUUUUAUUUAUGUUUUUGCUUUCAUUUUAUUUAUAAAGGUCUCGGUCAGGUUGAGAUAAUUUCUGAACUAGACAAAUCAAAGACUGAUUUUUUUCCUAAUUUUUCAUUAAUCUUGAUUUCUUAUCACUUCAUUGUUUUUUUUAUGUGGUUCAUGCUUAGAAACAUUUUGGGGUUCCGUUUUAUUGUUUAAAGAUUUUUGAAAAUGGCAUGGGAAUUUUAGUAAAUUUGUUUCUUCACAUCUUCACUUCCCAAAUACUCUUUUUCAUGAUACAGGUUUCAAGGUUUUGUUUGAUUGCUCAGUUCAGUAAUCACUGAUGUUUUUGCUAAUGUUAUUUUUUCAUCAGUCUGUUUGUCAGACAUAAUAAUGCAAAUAAUAUUUUUAUCCUGCUUUUGCAUUUUCUUAGGCUGGCCUGAGCUUUUGUUUAUUGAUUUUGCCUCUAGUAUUAUUGCAUUAGUUAUAAUUCUUUUAUCGGGCCAUUUUACUCUUAUUUCCUUCUGUUACUGUUAGUUUUUUGGGGUCAUCUGUUGUUGCUUCCUUAGAAGUUUAGCUCUGUUUCAGAUUUAACCUUGUUUAAUUCAGUAAUCAGGKCAGUUUUCCUUUGAUUUAAUUGUAUUUUUCUAGUUUGUUUGAAUUGACCAAUUUAUGAUCAAAAGGGAGUAAUUGUGUUAAAGGAAAAUACCUCAUGUAGCAUUCUUUCCCAGGCCCUUUGAAGGCCUAAGACCUAGUGACCUUUCCGCUGACCUCAGUGACAUCAGAUUUAUGGCAUAUCUGUUUAUCUUGUUUUCACUCAGUUUUAUGAUCAGGACAAGAAUUGCUAGAGGUAAUCACUUUACCAAGUGUUAUACUCUCCUCAGCCCGUCACAGGUGCCAGGGCAAAAUGUUAUUGUUUGUCUAGAUGUAGAUGUCAGAGGUAGGAGGGUCUCAAGGACGGCCUCGGUACACAAGAUCUGUGACAGAAAGCUAAUAGGUUCUACGUUAGGAUUUGUGUGCCUUGCUUUUUGCAAUAAACAAAACUCAGACAAUUCUA